AUGAUGACUUUCAUAGUUGCUGUCCUUGUGGCGUGUUUUGUUUAUUCCAAUAGUCAGGAGACUAAAUGCCUUUUCGAAGAUCCCACAGAAAAAAGCAUUGAUGGUUCAACAAGAGCCCAGACAAGUGAUAUUAUAGCGAAGAUCGAUGCUGCCUUGAAUGAAGAGACUGCUGUCAACAAUUCAGUGAACGAAAUAAUCGCUGAGAGAGUAGCACCCAUCGAAAAUAAAUAUUUUGCCCUUGACACUUGUCCAAGGACACUAGUAUUCGUCACAUCUGUUUACAUAAACGAUGAUGUGUGUUAUGUUGUUUAUCCGAGAAAACAAAGGGUGACAUAUUCAAUAUGCAGAGGAAGUAAUUGCUUCGGGAACACAUUUUACAAGAGUCAAUGUUUCACAGCCGGAUGGACCAAGCUAAGGUUUUGGGUGUGGUGUCCAAAAUAUGGCUUCCGAAUGAUUUACAGGUGGUACCCACAGUGCUGUUCCUGCUACAGAUGGCGAAGUUGCCUCACAACAGUAUAAAUGAAUGACAACAGUUACUCAUAACAUCUCUUUUUAUAUUAAAGUUCUCGUUUCUAUCAACCGUCUGUUAACAUUAGAUAUUAGUUGUUUCUCGUUUUCUUUGAAUAUGAAAAAAUUAUUAUAAUUCUAUUUAAAUAAAAUUUUCUCCCAACA